UAAAGUUCUCGACAAGUUUGAACAAGUAGAUUAAAUGUCUAACACAUGCACACGAUUGUACAGCUUUUGUGAACACCAUUUCUCUGUAUUUAUGUCUACGCUGUGAACGAUGACAGACGGGCCAAGUUCUGCUAAAAAAUCUAAGACUGACAGUCUGCCGUUGUGCCCUUACGGAGCACGAUGUUAUCGGACAAAACCAAACCAUUUCCUGGAGUUUGCCCAUAACAAAGAUGGGGGUGAUAAACAAACGGACGCAGGUGCGUCCAAAGUCAGUGACGCUGCCAUAGAUUUACCGGCGUGUAAGUACGGUGCUAAGUGUUACAGGAAAAACUUACUGCAUUUUGCGGAAUACUCGCAUCCGACAGCAAAACCUGGGGAUGGAAAGAAGAACGACAUUGACAGUGGGAGUGACACGGAUCCUGUAGAUUCUGAAGAAGAUGAAAAGAAGUCUCCACAAAAGGAUUCUAAAGACAUUCUUAACCGCGGCAUGUCACUGGUAAAAAGCUUUUCUCAGAUGUCAGAGAAUGAACGUAAAGAGCUGAUUAAAAAAGCGUUUGAGAUGAAGCAGAAACUUCAAAAGGAACUGGAGGAGACCAAGAAACAGGUGGAAGAAAAGGACAAACAAUUAAAUACUCUGCAGGAACAGGUGAAUAGGGGUCUGUUGCUGGUGGAGGGGGAGGAGGCAGCCCUGGAGGGGGACAAGACGGUGUAUUUCACUCUUGAGGCAGAGCGGGUGUACAAGGAGGGUUCGGCCGCUCAGAUUCACUUCAGACUGGCAGAAUCACAGUUCUACCGACUCACCAGUGGUCCUUCCGCUCAGAUUUACCGUGUUUCUAAAGUGGAAUAUGUUGUGAACCCCAAAACACAGAAGUUAUUCAAAGAAGCCAGAGAAACUCUGAAGAAAACGCGGGGCGAGGAAUAUUCCUACCCUGUGUUAGCUUUCCAUGGUACCCAGCAGAAUAACAUCACACCCAUUUGUGAGACGGGCUUUAAAGUUCCUGGUGACACAGACUUCAAACACAGUACUGAUACUGGCUGGUUUGGGAAAGGUGUUUACUUCAGCGAAUUUCCAGGCUACUCAAUAGGCUACAUCAAAGGAGCAACCAAGCUACUUCUGUGUCAAGUCCUCACUGGAAAGGUAUUUCAGUGCACAAAAGUAAUAACUGGGGCUGCGUUGACAAAGGGCUACGACUCACACACCUCGCCAGACAAGAAAGAGCUUGUCAUCUUCAAGAGUGCUCACAUUUUACCAUCAUACAUUGUCCACUACACAACAGCCAACACAGAAUUCAAGUAUACUUCUGAAGGCAGUAAGCUGAGUGCCUCCACAUCUUCGGGGUCUGGCUAUGCUGACAUACAGAAUGCAGACGCUACAGGGGUAUUCAAAGAUCAGCGAAUUUUAUUUUCUGGUGAAAUGCAGACAAUACGGAAAAAUAUGCAAGAGUUGUUGGUGAAACAUGAAGGAUCUGCAGGAACUGUUAGUAAUAUGACAUUGCUCGUGGCAUCUCAGAAACUGUAUGAUUCGGGAUCCCGUUCAAUAUUAACUGCAAAGGAGAAAAAGGUGCCUGUGGUGAAGGAACAGUUUAUUUAUGACUGCAUCAAUGCUAAAAAGUUUCUCGACAUAAAAGAUUAUCUUCAUGCAUGAUCUGAGUGGGCAGGACGGUAUUCAGUGUUAAAGUGACCCUGUGAUGAGUGAUCAGUCCAGGGUCGAAUCAUGUCAGUGGGCCAAUUGGACCAUUUGUCAUUCCAACCAGUGCACCACAACUGGUCAAAGGUCGUGGUAUGUGCUUUCCUGUCUGUGGCAAAGUGCAUAUAAAAGAUCCCCUUGCUGCAUUAAGAAAAU